ACUUGUGCAUUUUGGGUUUUUCUUGUAGGAUCUAAAUCCUUAUAAAAAGCAAGGCCUAGCUUUUAUUGCAAAGGUGGGCGAGUCUGUGAAAUAUGUUACUGGAAGUUACAAACUAAGAAGUCGUCCUGUGGAGUUUGCUGGCAAUGGGGGAUUAUUUGGACAUGUUUUCUCAGAAGCUGGGGACAAUUGAUCGAAUUGCACAGAGGAUAGUUAAAGAACAAACGGAAUAUUUGGUGGAACUUCGAGAAUAUGGACCCAUUUACUUCUCCUGGUCGGAAGUAGAAGAACAACUAAAUAAGCCCCUCGAUGGUGCAUCAAAUUGCAUUGGUAGCUGCUGUGUAGCCCUGGAAGAAUUGUCAGAGGGCAUGUUUGAAGACAUUCUUCCUGUGCUUCGAGAAUAUGUCCUCUACAUAGAAUCAAUGAAAAAUGUGCUAAGAAAAAGGGAUCAAGUACAAGCAGAGUACGAGGCCAAACUGGAAAGUGCUGCCUACAAGAAAGAAGAAAAGCAAGGCACACCAACAGAUGUUGAAAAGUGUCAGGAUCGAGUGGAAUGUUUUAAUGCUGAUCUAAAGGCAGACUGGGAUCGGUGGCAGUUCAACAAGAGGCAGGAUUUCCGGCACCUGUUAAUGGGAAUGGCAGACAAAAACAUCCAGUAUUAUGAGAAGUGCCUUGCAGCAUGGGAGUCCGUUAUUCCUCUCCUACAAGAGAAGUCGGAAGGUAAAAGUGAGGACCACUCGUAGCUUGUCCUUCAGCAUUGGUCACUGAUGGUGUUCUCUCCUUCACUUUCCCAGUUCAUUACUGGAAUAUUGCACUUUGGGGGCAGGAAAGUCGGUCGAUGAUUCUAUAUGUAGCUCUACAUCGAUGCCAUGUUGUAGAAGGACUCAAAACUAUGGAAUGUGUGAUCUGUUAAGUGAAGGUUUGUUUUUGUCUGCAGUGUUAUCUAACAAUUCACUCGGAGUGGUCUGUUAAGUAGGGUUUGUAUCCAGUACUCCAAAUGGUGAGGGAUAUAAUGGAGGCCUUUUAUCAGAUUAAUAUUGUGCUGUUUCAUAAGCUGUACCUUUUUUACAAACACUUGUUAACACGUAAACAUUUUGAUAUGUGUUUUAAAGCAUUCCAUUUAACCAAUUGUUUGCACUUGGGUAUGGGCCGGUACUUCUGUGGACAUAUUUGUAGAGAUUUGAGUAUAUUUGUACAUUGGAGAACUCAGAGGCUUGAUGGAGGGAGAUAUUCAAAACCCUGAGAUAAAUGGAAGAAAAUCUGAGAUACUUGAGAUUUAGUUCUUUUGUAUUCAAUUAUCACUACAAGAGUAGUCAACACUUAAGUUUGUAAAAUAUCAUUAUUGCCUUGUGCAUGUUGGGCAGGUCAAGGCAGCAGGAUGCUAAUCCUGAAAUUCCAUCAUGAUGCAGUGCAUGUGAAUCAUUUUUGAGGCUAUUAAUUGAAUCUUGAUAGCAUUCCACUUUAGUAUUAGGGUAAACUUAUCACACCCUUCACAGGCUAUUUGUUGGGUAUGAUAUCCUCUAUCCAUUUUGUAUAAUUUUUUAAUCCCUGAUUUUGUCGUGCUUUAUUUUCACACUCUCACACAUGUUUGUUUCCAGAUCACCCUAAUUAAUUGACAUUUUUACUGUUCAACUAUGCCCCAUCUUUUCAGGACUAGGGAAUAUCAAAAAAGGCUCUCGCUUAUAGUUGCCCACCCCACUCUGAUUAGACUUGCUUGUAUGUAAUUUGAGUGUCCUAUUACAGAUGUUUAAAGGCAAUGAAGUACUCCUAGCUGUCGGAUAUGCCAGGGAGUGAACAACUGAAUUAAUUGUAGAUAUACAUAAGUGCCUUUGUUGCAUGAAAUAUUUUGUAUUGGCUAUUUGGAGUUUGUAUGUCUGAAUAGUAAGCGACCUUGUGUACUUUGUUGCCAUGGCUUUCAUGUACUAAACUCUAAAAGUGAGGGGAAAAUUAGCCAAGCUGCAUGAUCUUCAUUUUACUUUCUUUCCUUCUGUAAUGGAAUCGCUGCUCUUGAUUAUUUUCUUCCUUUUUCUCUCGGCAGUGUAUUGAAAAUUUGAAAAUGCCAUUUGAAAAUGCUAUUGUAUGUUAUCACUAGUUAUGUUUAUAACAACAUCCUGGUGGGUUUAAUACAUUGUUUAGUGCUCACUCAUUCUCGUAGCCUAUGUUAGAGAUUUGAUUUCUGACUUAAUCUGCAAUUGGGUCAACAGCAAAAUACAUGUGGAACUGCUAUGGAAAUCUGGUUCACAAUUAAAGAAACUAAGGUUUUCAUUUUUGUAUUUCUACCCAGGUUAGUUUUCCAAAAUGUUUCUGUAGUGUGGAUACAUUUGCCUAUCCACCCACACUGGCUAAACUCUUUAUUCUGAUCAGUUUAUAUUAAAUUGAAAGCCAAAGUUACUGGGUGCUACUGUUUAUGAGGAGGACGUGUCGUAUUGGGAUUUGACUGAAAUUUACUGAUAUUCUUGAUCUAUGUUCCCUGUUUUAAAAUUGUCUUGUUCAAAACAAUACCUUUAAUGUUCAUGCACAAAUUUAGUCCCCAUUUAGUGUUAAAGAUGUGGCAGAAAGAAAAAAAGCCUCUAUUUAAAUAAUCAUAAACUAAGGUUUCAGGAAAGGAAGAUUAUGCUUUUCAGUGAGAUGAAUAAUGGCAGAAUGUGCUUGGUGGUUGCUCUUGUGGCACACCAGUGCGAUGCUUCAGCAUGCACUAAUCUGACAACGAUUUUAAUAUUUCUAGUGAGCUUGUAAUUGGAACACUUGGCAAUGCUGUGAUUUAUUGCUAUUAUGCAAUGAUUUGCUUAAGUGCCAAAACUUUAUUCCUUUUUCAGAAAUAUAUUAAUGUUUUGUAUAAUGUUAUGAAGAAACAAGUGAAUGAUUAGGUCAAAUAAUUGGAUUUGUAGCAAGUUAGUAGUGGAGCAAAUAAACCAUUGAAAGCAACUUGAAAAUCAUGCCCAUGGCAUAGGUGCUGCUGAUAAAUAGCAUUGUAUGCUGUGUUCUGGAUUACUUAUUGGUUUUGUCCAAUGCUAACUUCUAAUGUUAAUUUUAGUGUUUAAUCUGUAAUGGUCUACACUACACGUUGAAAGUGAUUAUAGAGAUGCACAUAAUCCAGGGCCUUAUUCCAAUGUAAAAAUUAGUUUGGGCUUAAUGCAAUUGGCACAUCAAAUACAACAUGAUAAACAAUUACUUUAAAGUGUUGCAAGCAUUUCAUUUGUCUAAAAUAACAAUGAAAUAAACUAAUCAAAUGCUAGUAUCUAUUUAUCAUUGACUUAUUAAAGUUAAUUUGAUGACCCCCCUUAAGGAGUCAUCAAAUUAGUUUAGUUAGUUAAAAUGUAACACUAUUCAAGGAUUAAAAUUGUGGAUCAUUACGGUUUUACAAUGAGGUAUUUGUUCCCUGAAGUAAGACGUUUUGUUCAUGUCUACAUCAAAACUGCGAUGGAAUUUGGGGUAAUUAAAGUCAUUGGAAUCCUCAAUUGAUGCUCGAGGUUAAGUGGUUUUGUUUACUGUGAAUCGUGAAGCAUUAAACUAUUGAAAAUAAAUCAUGAAGGAGCAAAUAGAUAGCAAAAUGAGUGUGGACUAUUUGAUUUGUUGCAUCUUUCCACUGCAAAGGUUUGGUGCUAUUGCCAACAUUUAUAAUAAUCUUGAUUUGUACCUGUGGAUUUUUUGAACACUAUUGAAUAAAAUCUUGGGUCAAUUAUUUGCC